AUGGCCCGUGGCCGCGCUGGACAUCGUGGCAGGGCUCGUAUAGCAGUCCUACCAUCCUAUCCACAGCACCAAGAACCAAGGGCAGAUAGCAGGAUCAGCGGCUCUGACUCUGACGCGAGGAAGAAAGAUGCGUCAAGAGUCUCUGCUCAUGAGAAUGGCAACGGACAUGAAGAAUAUUAUCCCAGUCUGGAUGACGUGUCUGAGGUGCGCGACAUACUCCGUCGAUCAUGGCCAUGCCCUUCAUCGUCAAGGCCGAGAAAAGUGACGCUACCCGAUGAGGUGAUCGAUAUGAUCCUCGAUGAGGCUGAGUAUUGGCCGAGCGUGGUGACAACUCUCAGAACAACCCCGUUUGUGAUUUCCACGGACGGCGAUAGAGAAUGUCUGAGGACUGCGCCGCUAUGUUAUGAUAUUGAUGCCAUGGAGAGGUCAGAUGGACAUGGAAACCAUUACUCAGCCGGGAAUAAUGAUGCAUCACGUCUCUUACUACACAGAGGCAUGCAUCCAUGUCGGAAAAUCGUGUUCGAUAUAUCUUCUCAUGACCAAGGAUGGGGCGGAGGACGCAAUGAUCAAGGCACUUUCCGAGGAUCGUACACGUGGUUCAGUGCGUAUAUAAGCCCGCAUAGACCAUACACCCAUAUUGAAAGCAUUUCCUCAACAUCAUCCCCGAAUUCCGAAUCGGCAUCAUCAGAAUCAGACUCAAAUUCCGAGAAAAGGUCUGUCUCGUCUCAUCCAAGACCGUUUCUCCCCGAGCCCGGUAAAUUGCAAUGUAACCGUACUGCAACUAGAAGCUCUUCGGAUUACCAUAUCGUUUGGCAUUACCGAGAUGAUAUCCACCCGGAAUCGGAUGAAGCAGAGCGUAUUGAGCAAGAAACGGGUCGUGGACGCGCAACUUUAGAUGGGAGGGAGGUAAGAGACAUGAAAGUUGGCGAUGAGGUUUCUGUUUGGCUAAGGGCACGAUUUUCUGCAUGGCAGAAUCAUGUUGAUGCGCUGUCAGUUAGGGUAUUCUGGGCUGCUUGA